UAUGAGGAGCUGGAAGUUUUGAUUUUCCUAACGGAGCAGAGUGACGCCUAAGAGAGAGGAGAGUCAGGAGAACCGACUCUUCUCAGCAGAAGAUCAUCCAGAGUGAUUUUACUGAUCUAGGUGGUAAAGGUGGUGAUGGGGGCGGCUACGGCAGUCUGCGUGGUCUUCCUCAGUGGAGUGGUCGUCUCUGCUCUCGGAGAUAAACACUCUCUGUACUACAUUUACACCGCCCUCAGCAAAGAUCUCGAUCUGCCAGGGAUCUAUGAGUUCACAGGACUGGGUCUGCUCGAUGACCGGGAGAUCGACUACUACAACAGUAAGGACCAGGUUAAGGUUCCUAAGCAGGACUGGAUGAAGGAGAAGCUGCAGCCAGAUUACUGGGAUAAAGGCACCCAGUCUCGCAAGAGCAAAGAGCAGUGGUUCAAGGUCAACGUGGACAUCCUGAUGCAGCGAAUGAGACACAAUCAGACCGACCUUCACGUUCUUCAGUGGAGACAUGGCUGUGAGAUUGAUGAGUCAAAUGGACAACCAACAUUUCUGAAAGGCGUCAGUGAGUACGGGUAUGACGGCUCAGAUUUCCUCUCCUUUGAUACUGAAACCAUGCAGUGGAUCGCUUCAGUUCCAGAAGCUUUGCCAACCAAAAAGAAAUGGGAUGAUGUGCCCAUCCUGAACCAGUACACCAAGGGUUACCUGGAGAAAGAAUGUGUGGACUGGCUCACCAAAUUCUUGGAGUAUGAAAAAGAGUCACUGAAAAAACCUUCUCCACCAGUUGUUCAUGUGCUUGUGAAGAAAUCUGCAACUGACCUGAGGAAGCUGACCCUGACCUGCCUGGCCACGGGCUUCUACCCCAAAGACAUGGUGGUGAGUCUGAGGAAGUCCAGAACUUCACUGCCUGAACACCUACUCACAUCUUCAGGAGUCAGACCCAAUGAAGACGGAACCUACCAGCUGAGGAAGAGUAUGGAGAUCCAGGAGGAUGAAACAGCAGAUUAUGACUGUUAUGUGACUCACAGAACCUUUGAAGAGCCAAUAACUAAGAAAUUGGAUACGGUCACACUGGAGCUUCCGAUACAUCCUCCCGAAGAUGCUGAGCUGCCUGACCGUGACCCUCCUCUGCCCAAGACAGAAGAGAUGGUGGACAUCCAGCGCCAACCGAAGGAAGAAGUGUAAAGGGAGCCCUAGGAACUGAACUUCAGAUCAUCCAGGAUUAUACCCCCAAUUUUCUUACAGCACGGACUCUUUUCCAUUUGUUGAUCAAAUCAUUACUUUUACAUCUUUGUUAUGAGAAAGCCGCACUAUGUAAGAUUUGGGGAUUUGGAGGAUUCCUCUGGUGGAAAUCUGUAAUUGCACACAGCAUGUAAUUUUAUAAUGUGGGUUGCUCUUGGGACGCCUUCCCUGAGCGGAUGAAUCUAAUGGUUGCAAGAGAAUUCAAAGAGAACUCAGUCAAAACUUGGUGAAGAACGUGUCUUUUGAGGAUAUGAGUGGAUAAUCUACAACCUUGUUUCCUAAAAAAGUAGAAACACUGUGCAAAAUGUGAAAAAAACAGAGUGCAAUGAUGUGCAAAUCAUUUAAUUCUAAAACCAAUAUCUGAUAGCCAUGAUCCUCGGGCCCUCAAGUGUCACUGUGAUAAAAAACAGACUGUAGUGGAAAUCACUGCAUCGUCUAAGAACAUAAAUUGUUACUGUGUACACAAAUGCAGGUUAAAACUCUAUCAUGCAAAAAAGAACCAUAUAUAAACAAAAUCCAGAAACGGCACCGCCUUGCCUCAGAUGGACUGAGGCAAAGUGGAAAAGUGUCCUUUUUUUGUAAAUUUUUUAAUUCUUUUUGGAAAUCAUGGAUGUUGCGCCCUUUGGGCUAAAGAGGAGAAGGUUAGUGCACAUGGUAUGGGUGACUGGCUUAUCUGUGAAGGCACCAUUAAUGUUGAAUGAUAUGUACAUGUUUUGGUAACAUAUGCUGCCAUCCAGACAAUGUCUUUUUCAGGGAAGGCCUUGAUUAUUUCAGCAAGACAUUCUGCAUGUGCUACAGCAGCACUGCUUCGUAUUAAGAGUGCUAAACUGACCUGCCUGCAGUCCAGACCUGUCACCACUGAUAACAUUUGGAGCAUUAUGAAAUGAAAAAUACGACGAAGUUAUUGAGCAGCUAAAAUCCUAUAUCAAGCAAGAAUAGGAAAACAUUUCACUUUCAAAACUACAGCAGUGUCUCCUCAGUUCUCAAACACUUCUUGUUAGAAAAAGAGGUGAUACAACAGUGGUAAACAGGCCCCUGUCUCAACUUUUCUUAAAUGUGUUGCUGCCGUUGAAUUCAAAAUGGGCAUAUAUUUUUCAAAAAACAAUAAAAUUUCUCAGUUUCAACACUUGACAUGUUGUCGUACUAUUUUUAAUCAAAUAUAGGGGAUAAUUGAUUUACACAUCCCUGCAUUCUUUUGGUAUUUACAUUUUGCACAACAUCCCAACUUUCUUGGAAACGUAGUUAUACUAUUGUCAUCAUAUCUUCAUAAGCAUAACUAAUGUUGAUUUUGAGAUAAUUUGAGACCUAAUCAUCAAGCUGGGCCUUUUUUUGAGCCUGUGUGUAUGAUGUGAAAAUGUAACGAUGUACGACGUGGUGUAAAGAACUCCCAACCUGAUGCCUCUGACUUUUAAAUGAUUAUUUCAGACUCAGGACGACUCACAGCGGCGCAUGCUCGGCCUAUUUUAGCCUAGUUUUAUUCUCCUCAGUCAGUAAUGAUACUGCUUUCAGUUUUAACAAAAAAAUCUUACAUAGUGCAGCUUUAACAGAAAUUCUCCAUAAUAAAAACUACAUUCCAGUACUCAUCUGUUAAUGAUAGCAUUUGGAAACUCAGAAGCAUCAAAGAACAGUUGAAUAAUUAGGUCUUCCAGUGUAGUACAGUGGAUCUUAUUUUAAUCGAAAACUCAACAAAUUUCAAAGCAUUUUGAUUCUUACAGAGAAAAGGAUUAAUUGUACUUCAUUUGAAACUUUUUAGAGCAAUAUCUGGGUGACGUGUAUCAAUUUUAAUGAUUUUAUUAGAAUGCAUAUGUAAGGCUGAUGGUUAUGUGUGCUUUCUUUCUGUUAUUUUUUUUUUAGCAAAAGUUUACCAAAGAUUUAUUCAUUUUGAUUUAUAAACAAAAAAAUGAUUACUUUUUCUUUCUUUCAGUCUUUUUUAUGAAUCCUCUAUGAGCAAACCUGGGUAAAAUGUGCUAAUUUUCAUAUUCAUAGGUGGUUAUGCAGACUUCCUUUCUGAUAUAUUUGUGUUUUUUAUUGAUUUAUAUCUAGCAUCUGUUUUAAACAUGAACUGAUUUUUUCAGAGCACUGCUUUAGUGUUAAACUACUUGUUAUGUAAUGACACAAAUAUACCAGCUUCAAUAAAAAAAGAUGCAUUUAAGCGUAAGACAAAUUAUGAUCAUAUAUUGUGUUUAAACUUGAGAUUGUAAAGGGCUUAUAAAUGUAACUGUACUCAGCUAGAAUUGCUAAAUCAGCAGAUUACAAUGGUGAACAGUGAAUGCGAUCUGCACAGGAAGACUGUCUCUAUACUGAGUGAUGUUAGCCGUCCACUUCAUAAAAAAGUAUUUGAGUUUCUCUCAUCUGGCUGACCUUUUACAGCAGCAGCGGCAAAAAAAUAAUCCCAGUAAAAGAUCCCAGCUGAACAAGCUGAAUGAAACUAGAUGGGUUUAUUGAGUGGGCUUUGAUACAAUUUACUCUGUAUUAUGUUUAACUCUGGGUGCUUUAAUGUUUUUAUGAUUCACUUUCUUGAUUUCUUCAGACCUUUAGAUAUUAGAACAUUUUCCAGUCUUUGCUGGAUUGUUCUAUUCUUUUCCAGUUUAAGAUCUGAAAGACAGCUGGAUCAUGGAAGUCUUUUAUACUCAGUUUUGAUUUAAAUUUACUUUAUUGCAAUAAAACUCUUAAAACUGUU